ACUGGAAGUCCUGGAAGUUCAGGUUCCACAAGUAGCCCAGACACCCAAAACAGUCCAAAUACCAUAACUAUCACUGGAAGUCCUGGAAGCUCAGGUACCACAAGUAGCCCAGACACCCAAAACAGUCCAAAUACCAUAACUAGCACUGGAGGUCUUGGAAGCUCAAGUACCACAAGUAGCCCAAGCACCCCUAACAGUCCAAAUACUAUCACUGGCACUGGAAAUCCUGGAAGCACAGUCACCGCCAGCAGCCCUGGAAAUCCUGGAAGCUCAGGUACCACAAGUAGCCCAGACACCCAAAACAGUCCAAAUACCAUAACUAGCACUGGAAGUCCUGGAAGCUCAGGUACCACAAGUAGCCCAAACACCCAAAACAGUCCAAAUACCAUAACUAGCACUGGAAGUCCUGGAAGUUCAGGUUCCACAAGUAGCCCAGACACCCAAAACAGUCCAAAUACCAUAACUAGCACUGGAAGUCCUGGAAGCUCAGGUACCACAAGUAGCCCAAACACCCAAAACAGUCCAAAUACCAUAACUAUCACUGGAAGUCCUGGAAGCUCAGGUACCACAAGUAGCCCAGACACCCCUAACAGUCCAAAUACCAUAACUAGCACUGGAAGUCCUGGAAGUUCAGGUUCCACAAGUAGCCCAGACACCCAAAACAGUCCAAAUACCAUAACUAUCACUGGAAGUCCUGGAAGCUCAGGUACCACAAGUAGCCCAGACACCCAAAACAGUCCAAAUACCAUAACUAGCACUGGAGGUCUUGGAAGCUCAAGUACCACAAGUAGCCCAAGCACCCCUAACAGUCCAAAUACUAUCACUGGCACUGGAAAUCCUGGAAGCACAGUCACCGCCAGCAGCCCUGGAAAUCCUGGAAGCUCAGGUACCACAAGUAGCCCAGACACCCAAAACAGUCCAAAUACCAUAACUAGCACUGGAAGUCCUGGAAGCUCAGGUACCACAAGUAGCCCAGACACCCAAAACAGUCCAAAUACCAUAACUAGCACUGGAGGUCCUGGAAGCUCAAGUACCACAAGUAGCCCAGACACCACUAACAGUCCAAAUACCAUAACUAGCACUGGAAGUCCUGGAAGUUCAGGUUCCACAAGUAGCCCAGACACCCAAAACAGUCCAAAUACCAUAACUAGCACUGGAGGUCUUGGAAGCUCAAGUACCACAAGUAGCCCAAGCACCCCUAACAGUCCAAAUACUAUCACUGGCACUGGAAAUCCUGGAAGCAUAGUCACCACCAGCAGCCCUGGAAAUCCUGGAAGCUCAGGUACCACAAGUAGCCCAGGCACCCCUACCAGUUCAAAUACCAUCACUAGCACUGAAAGUUCUGGAAGCUCAAGUACCACAAGUAGCCCAAGCACCCCUAACAGUCCAAAUACUAUCACUGGCACUGGAAAUCCUGGAAGCAUAGUCACCGCCAGCAGCUCUGGAACUCCCGGAAGCUCAGGUACCACAAGUAGCCCAGGCACCCCUACCAGUUCAAAUACCAUCACUAGCCCUGGCAGCCCUGGGAUCACAGCCACCACCAGUAUCCCUGGAACUCCUGGAAGUUCAGGCACCACAAGUAGCCCAGGCAUCCCUCCCAGCUCAAAUACAAUCACAAGCUCUGGAACUCUUGGAAGCCCAGGUACCACAAUUAGCCUAGGCACCCCUAUCAGCCCAAAUACCAUCACCAGCCAAGGCACCCCUGGGAGUUCAGGCCCCAGCAAUAGCCCUGGCACCACUGAGAGACCAGGCAUCACAAGCACCUCAGGCACCCCUGUAGGCUCAGGCACAACCGUCAACCCAGGUACCAUCACCAGCCCUGGAAACCUUGGGAGCCCAGUCACCACAGGCCCCACUGUCAUUUUAGUGGAUCCGGUACUACAAAGAGUCACAGAGACAGCAGUUGCAUCAGCCACAACAGCCACAGCAACAGCGGCAGCAGUGACAGGAGCAGCUGUGCUAGCAAUAGCAGCCGCUUCAGGUGAAAGUAUUCCUGAAAAUGCUGCAGAAAGAGUUGCAACAGCUGCAGAAACAGCAGCUGCUGCUUCAUCUUCUCUUAUAGCAGGCACAAUAACUGCAUCUGCAGCAGCACAAGCCGCAGAAGAUGCAGCAGAUGAGGCUCUAUUGGCUGUAAUAGCUGCGGGGCAAGUGGCAGAAAAUGCAACAGGAGCCUUGGCCCCUCUUGCAAGAACUUUAUUCAUAGCAGCAGCAAAUGCAGCAAUAGCAGCGAGAGCAGCUGCAGAGGCUGCAGUUUCAGCAGCCAACACUAUGGAAUCUGGAAUUACUACAGCUAAUGCACAAUUUGCCAUAGAAGCGGCAAGAAAUGCCAGCCAAGAGGCUGCAAUGGCUGCACAAACCCUCAGAGCAUUACUUACUUCAACAAGCCUGCCAUCAGGAACAGAGGACACUGUAAGACAAGUGUUGCUUUUAGCUGAAAAUGCUACUGAAUUAGCAAUUGACACAGCAAUGGCAAACUCACUGGCAUUGGACACAGCAGAGCAAGCUGUGGUCGCAGAAGCAGGAACUGAAGUUGCUCAAUUAUCUGCAACAGCAGCCGCAGUAAGAGCACAAAUUGCAGCAGCUUUAGUAAGAGAAUCCACAGGGGUGAUAUUAGAUGCUGUGAAUGACCUGGAUAUUAGCAUCACCGAUUCUACAAACAGCCCAGGUACCACAGACAACACAGGCCCAACUGGAAACUCAGGCACUAGCAGUAUUCCUGGCAACCCUGUGAGCCCAGAUCCCACCAGCAGCUUUAGUACCCCUGUAAGCUCAGGCACCACCAGCAUCCCUGGCACUUCCAGCAGCCCUGGCACCCCUGGAAGCUCAGUCACCACCAGCAGCCUUCUCACCACAGGGAGCCCAGGCAUCAGCAGCAGCACAGGCUCCCCUGUUAGCUCAGGCACAACCGCCAACCCAGGUACCAUCACCAGCCCUGGCACCCUUGAUAGCGCAGUCACCACAGACCCCACAGUCGUUUUAGUGGAUCCGGUACUACAAAGAGUCACAGAGACAGCAGUUGCAUCAGCCACAACAGCCACAGCAACAGCGGCAGCAGUGACAGGAGCAGCUGUGCUAGCAAUAGCAGCCGCUUCAGGUGAAAGUAUUGCUGAAAAUGCUGCAGAAAGAGUUGCAACAGCUGCAGAAACAGCAGCUGCUGCUUCGUCUUCUCUUAUAGCAGGCACAAUAACUGCAUCUGCAGCAGCACAAGCCGCAGAAGAUGCAGCAGAUGAGGCUCUAUUGGCUGCAAUAGCUGCGGGGCAAGUGGCAGAAAAUGCAACAGGAGCCUUGGCCCCUCUUGCAAGAACUUUAUUCUUAGCAGCAGCAAAUGCAGCAAUAGCAGCGAGAGCAGCUGCAGAGGCUGCAGUUUCAGCAGCCAACACUAUGGAAACUGGAAUUACUACAGCUAAUGCACAAUUUGCCAUAGAAGCGGCAAGAAAUGCCAGCCAAGAGGCUGCAAUGGCUGCACAAACCCUCAGAGCAUUACUUACUUCAACAAGCCUGCCAUCAGGAACAGAGGACACUGUAAGACAAGUGUUGCUUUUAGCUCAAAAUGCUACUGAAUUAGCAAUUGACACAGCAAUGGAAAAUUCACUGGCACUGGACACAGCAGAGCAAGCUGUGGUCACAGAAGCAGGACCUGAAGUUGCUCAAUUAUCUGCAACAGCAGCCGCAGUAAGAGUACAAAUUGCAGCAGCUUUAGUAAGAGAAACCACAGGGGUGAUAUUAGAUGCUGUGAAUGACCUGGAUAUUAGCAUCACCGAUUCUACAAACAGCCCAGGUACCACAGACAACACAGGCCCAACUGGAAACUCAGGCACUAGCAGUAUUCCUGGCAACCCUGUGAGCCCAGAUCCCACCAGCAGCUUUAGUACCCCUGUAAGCUCAGGCACCACCAGCAUCCCUGGCACUUCCAGCAGCCCUGGCACCCCUGGAAGCUCAGUCACCACCAGCAGCCUUCUCACCACAGGGAGCCCAGGCAUCAGCAGCAGCACAGGCUCCCCUGUUAGCUCAGGCACAACCGCCAACCCAGGUACCAUCACCAGCCCUGGCACCCUUGAUAGCGCAGUCACCACAGACCCCACAGUCGUUUUAGUGGAUCCGGUACUACAAAGAGUCACAGAGACAGCAGUUGCAUCAGCCACAACAGCCACAGCAACAGCGGCAGCAGUGACAGGAGCAGCUGUGGUAGCAUUAGCAGCCGCUUCAGGUGAAAUUAUUGCUGAAAAUGCUGCAGAAAGAGUUGCAACAGCUGCAGAAACAGCAGCUGCUGCUUCAUCUUCUCUUAUAGCAGGCACAAUAACUGCAUCUGCAGCAGCACAAGCCGCAGAAGAUGCAGCAGAUGAGGCUCUAUUGGCUGUAAUAGCUGCGGCGCAAGUGGCAACAAAUGCAACAGGAGCCUUGGCCCCUCUCGCAAGAACUUUAUUCUUAGCAGCAGCAAAUGCAGCAAUAGCAGCGAGAGCAGCUGCAGAGGCUGCAGUUUCAGCAGCCAACACUAUGGAAACUGGAAUUACUACAGCUAAUGCACAAUUUGCCAUAGAAGCUGCAAGAAAUGCCAGCCAAGAGGCUGCAAUGGCUGCACAAACCCUCAGAGCAUUACUUACUUCAACAAGCCUGCCAUCAGGAACAGAGGACACUGUAAGACAGGUGUUGCUUUUAGCUGAAAAUGCUACUGAAUUAGCAAUUGACACAGCAAUGGAAAAUUCACUGGCACUGGACACAGCAGAGCAAGCUGUGGUCACAGACGCAGGACCUGAGGUUGCUCAAUUAACUGCAACAGCAGCCUCAGUAAGAGUACAAAUUGCAGCAGCUUUAGUAAGAGAAUCCACAGGGGUGAUAUUAGAUGCUGUGAAUGCCCUGGAUAUUAGCAUCACCGAUUCUACAAACAGCCCAGGUACCACAGACAACACAGGCCCAACUGGAAACUCAGGCACUAGCAGUAUUCCUGGCAACCCUGUGAGCCCAGAUCCCACCAGCAGUUUUAGUACCCCUGUAAGCUCAGGCACCACCAGCAUCCCUGGCACCUCCAGCAGCCCUGGCACCUCUGGAAGCUCAGUCACCACCAGCAGCCUUCUCACCCCAGUGAGCCCAGGCAUCAGUAGCAGCACAGGCUCCCCUGUUAGCUCAGGCACAACCCCCAACCCAGGUACCAUCACCAGCCCUGGCACCCUUGAUAGCGCAGUCACCACAGACCCCACAGUCGUUUUAGGGGGUCCGGUACUACAAAGAGUCACAGAGACAGCAGUUGCAUCAGCCACAACAGCCACAGCAACAGCGGCAGCAGUGACAGGAGCAGCUGUGGUAGCAUUAGCAGCCGUUUCAGGUGAAUCUAUGGCUGAAAAUGCUGCAGAAAGAGUUGCAAUAGCUGCAGAAACAGCAGCUGCUGCUUCAUCUUCUCUUAUAGCAGGCACAAUAACUGCAUCUGCAGCAGCACAAGCCGCAGAAGAUGCAGCAAAUGAGGCUCUAUUGGCUGCAAUAGCUGCGGCGCAAGUGGCAACAAAUGCAACAGGAGCCUUGGCCCCUCUCGCAAGAACUUUAUUCUUAGCAGCAGCAAAUGCAGCAAUAGCAGCGAGAACAGCUGCAGAGGCUGCAGUUUCAGCAGCCAACACUAUGGAAUCUGGAAUUACUACAGCUAAUGCACAAUUUGCCAUAGAAGCUGCAAGAAAUGCCAACCAAGAGGCUGCGAUGGCUGCACAAACCCUCAGAGCAUUACUUACUUCAACAAGCCUGCCAUCAGGAACAGAGGACACUGUAAGACAAGUGUUGCUUUUAGCUGAAAAUGCUACUGAAUUAGCAAUUGACACAGCAAUGGCAAACUCACUGGCAUUGGACACAGCAGAGCAAGCUGUGGUCACAGAAGCAGGAAUUCUAGAUGCUGAAUUAUCCGCAGCAUUAGCCUCAGUAAGAGUACAAAUUGCAGCAGCUUUAAUAAGAGAAUCCACAGGGGUGGUAUUAGAUGCUGUGGAUGCCCUGCGUAUUAGCAUCACAGAUUCUACAAACAGCCCAGGUACGACAGACAACACAGGCCCAACUGGAAACACAGGCACUAGCAGUGUUCCUGGCAACCCUGUGAGCCCAGAUCCCACCAGCAGCUUUAGUACCCCUGGAAGCUCAGUCACCACCAGCAGCCUUCUCCCCCCAGGGAGCACAAGCAUCAUCAGCAACACAGGCUCCCCUGUUAGCCUAGGCACAACCGCCAACCCAGGUACCAUCACCAGCCCUGGUAACCUUGGAAGCCCAGUCACCACAGGCCCCACUGUCAUUGUUGUGGAUCCCACCAGCAGCUUUAGUACCCCUGUAGGCUCAGGCAUCACCAACAACCCUGGCAAUUCCAUCACCAGCCUUGGCAUCCCUGUAAGCUCAGACCCCACUAGUAACCCAAACACCUCCGUCAGACCAAAUACCAUCACCAGCUCUGGCUCAGUCAUCACAGGCACCCCAGUCAUUUUAGUGGAUCCGUUAGUACAAAGAGCCUCAGAUACAGCAGUUGCAGCAGCCACAACAGCCACAGCAGCAGCAGCAGCAGUGACAGGAGCAGCCGUUGUAGCAACAGCAGCUGCUUCAGGUGGUAGUGUUUUUGCUGCAAAUGCUGCAGAAAGUGUUGCAGCAGCUGCAAACACAGCAGCUGCUGCUUCAUCUUCUCUUUUAGAAGGCACAAUAAAUGCAUUCGCAGCAGUGCAAGCCGCGGAACUUGCAGCAGUUGAGGCUGAAUUGGCUGCAAUCGCUGCGGUGGAAGCGGCAGGAAAUGCAACAGGGGACAUGGCUUCUCUUGCAAGAAAUCUAUCUGUAGCAGCAGUAAAUGCAGCAGUUGCAGCGAGAGAAGCUGCAAAUUUAGCAGCUGAAGCAGCAAACCUUACAGAAUCUGGAAAUGUUACAGCUGAUGCACAAUUUGCCAUAGAGGCCGCAAGAAAUGCCAGCCAAGAGGCAGCAAUGGCUGCAGAAACCCUUAACGAAUUACUUAAUUCAACAAUCUUGCCAGCAGGAAUUGAGGACACUGCAAGACAAGCGUUGGUGUCAGCUGAAACUGCUGCUGUAUUGGCAAAUGACACAGCAGUACAGGCCUUGGUGGCACUGGACACAGCAGAACAAGGAUUGGCAGCAGAAGAAGGAAGUCAAAUCGCUCAAUUAGCUGCAGCAUUAGCCACAGAACAAGUACAAAAUGCAGUGGAUUCAGCAAGAGAAUCCGCAGCUGUGGUAUCAAAUGCUGCGGAUGCACUGUCCUCAAGCAAUGAAGACAUUUUCGAAGCUUCAGCAGCAAGCUCCUUAGCGGCUGCAGCAACAUCCCUUGCAGCCUCUGCAGCAGCAGCAACUGGUGCAGAUCUAUCGGAGGAAGUCAGUGAGGCCUUUCAAAGGGCAGAGGAAGCGUCUGAGGCAGCUAGAUUAGCGGCAGAUGGAGACACGGAUCCAGAAAGAGCUGCAGAGCUAGCUAGAAACGCCACAAGGGCUGCAGAAGAGGCAGCAGAUGCAGCAGAACGAGUGGCUGCUGCUGCACGUGAGGCAGCUGAAGCGGGAAGCGUUCAGGAAGAGCUUGCACUGGUAUCAUCAGCUGCGGCAAUGGCAGCCAGACAAGCAGCGAUGGCGGGCCCAGGCGAAGUUGACGAAGCUGCACAAGAAGUGUUGAGCGUAUCGAGGGAAGCUUCAGAACAAUUUUCAUCCCUCCUUAAUGAGGAUCCAUCCAGACUGACACCUGAAAUGCAGUCAGCGGUUCAGAAUGCAGAGCAGAUUGCUUUGUUGACAGAAGUUACAGGAGUAAUAGCAGAAACCGUCGACAAUGGCGUAGACGCACAAUCUGCUGCACAAGCCGCUGCACAAGCUGCUGGAAGAGCAGCAUCAAUAGCAAGAGCAGCAACAGACGAAACUCUUUCUGCUACAGAAUCGGUUAAUACUGCGCAACGAGCAGUGGUGGCUGGUCUGACAGCCUCGACGGCAGCAGCAACAGCAGUUGGUGCUGCUGCAGCGGCAACAACCGGGACAUCAGCCGUCCCUGCAUCCGGGAUUGCAUUGACGGCCGCCAGCGAAGCAGCGAGCGCCGCCACAUCACUGAGCGCGGGUGAAGAAACUUCUUUAGACUUUGCUGUCGUUGAAGCAAACGAAGCAGCUGGACUAGCUCAAGAUGCAGCUGAUGCUGCCACAACAGCAGCACAAACAACUGAAUCAUCUUUGGACCAGCAGCUGGCAGAAUUGGCUCAGGAUUCAGCCAGAAUAGCGGAGAGGGCAGCAAACGCUGCACAGAUGGCGGCCUCCGUCCCAGCAACAGCGCAAAUGAUAGCAGCUGCCCUGGUAGCUGCCACAGAAGUAGAAAGGGAUUCUGCAGAGCUCAGACAAGAGUUGGAGAAUUUACUGUCAAGUGCGUCACCAGAAACCCUCAGAGAGCGUGUUGCACUAACAAGCAUUCAAGCUGGGGCGGAUGUAGCGCAAUGCGUUGCGGAGUUCUCCAGAAUGGCGGCAGAGUCGGGUGUGACGUUGACCAUGACGCGGAGCAUCGCAGACGUUGAAGAAACGGAGUCUUAUGCCUCCGCGGCGGCAAAAUUGUCCAGGACCACGACGAAUAACACCAGGGGGUUGUUCGACAUCACGCUGCAAACAAAUGCUGCAAAUAUCAAGAAGUUCUCGUUCACCACAGCACUCGCUGCCGUGGUUACGGUGUUACUAUUAAGCGUGUCGUAAAUGAAGGACUUUUAAUUUCAUGAAGAAAACCAUUUUGUUCAUUCCUGUGUUAUAUUUGAUAAUUUAUAUGUGAAUGUAGGCGACAUAUUGCUUAUGUAAAUGUAUUUUGAUACUGAGGUAAUCCAAGGGAUUUUACUUUUUGAAUAAAUAAUCCAAUUAAUUUUUGCAUUAUUAUUGUUAUUAUUAUCAAGUCGUUUACUUUCAGGAGAUGUAUUUUGUGUUCAACCAGUGUUUGCUUCAAGAUAUAUAUUUGGCUAAAUAUUGCAAUUGUUUUGAUUUUAAAUGGACACAUGUCACUUUAAGAGUGUGCGGGCUGAUUGCUACAGCGGUGACAGAUGAAGAAACAUGUGGCUCGUUAAGCACAAUGGAGAGGAGCCUCGCAACUUUCUGAACAUGUUUUGGACAGGUCACUGGACAGUUUGCUGGAUGUCUAACCAGUAUGAAACGUGCAUCCUGUGGAAUGAAAAAAAACCCAACAAAUGUGUAAUUUUUUUUGUUUUUUUUUGUAAAAUAAAUACACAGCGCUGCAACUGACAACGCUGAGUGGCUUCAAACAAAGCAGUCUUUCUUAUUCGAUUUGCAGCGCGAGCAUACUUGUAAGUCGACGUAUGUUCUGGCAAACAAUGUGUGGGAAAUGAGAAUGUAAUUUGGUAAAAUGGUAAAUGGGUUAUUUUUCUACAUUUCUACUUCAAUCAUCAAUCAAUCAAAGUUUACUUAUAUGGCCCUUAAUCGCACAUUUCUCAAAAGGCUGCACAAGCCACAACAACAUCCUCGGCUCAGAUCCCACAUCAGGGCAAGAAAAAAACUCAACCCAAUGGGCACAAUGAGAAACCUCGGAGGGCACCGCAGAUGUGGGGACCCCCUCCCCUGGGCGACCGGUGCAAUGGAUGUUGAGUGGAUCUAGUUAAUAAUGUGAGAAUCCAGUUCAUAGUGGGGCCAUCUUGAAUGGAGACAACUGCAUCUCUGUCUGGACUGGAGCCUGCAGUGCCUCAGACUGGAAGUCUCUGCAGAGAGUGGUGAGGACGGCGGAACAGAUCAUCAGGACUCCUCUUCCUCCUAUCUAGGAAAUCGCAAAAAGCCGC